AUGCGAUCAGACUCUGCACCUUCAAGUGCCACUCAUUCACGAUCAAAUUCUCAUACCCAUUCGCUCUUAAACUCGGACCUACAAUCUCAACCUCAGGAUGCAGGGUCGAAUCACUUCCACCAGAAUCAAAAUCAGGCCAAUUCAACUGUUCCCGAGCCAGACGAGAAAGAUCUGAUACGUGUGUACUCACUACAACGUGCGGAGAGUGGGCUUGCCAGUGAUUAUAUGAAACGAAAGAAUGUUGUUCGUGUACGGAUGGAGGGUGAGCAGUUCUUGUUGCAGUGUAAAGAUGUUGCCGGUGUCGUUGAGUGGAUCGAGGGCUUCCAAGCUGCAACGAACAUUGCCCUUGACCUGGACGAACGUCCGAUGCCGAAAGGGCCUAUCUUCCCUCGGUGA